AUGGUUCCCUCCAGAUCGCUUUCAUCUCUUCUUGCCCUGCCGGCGCUUGCCUUCCUUUCGCUGUCAGCGAGCGCUUUGCCUCAUGCUCGGACGGCGUCAAGCACAGCUGUUCUCGAGCUCGCCGUUAGAAUGAACUCGUAUGGGAUGAAGAGCAUCGUGGCUGCAGAUCGAGCCCGAAUCGAAACUUUACAAGCUCGCGGCAGCCCUUCCGUCGAUACAACCAAUACUGGGGUGGCAUAUACCGCUAACAUUAGCGUUGGGUAUCCAGAAACGUACUACACAUUCCUGCUAGACACCGGAAGCUCAAAUACCUGGAUCGGGACUAACAAGGCUUACCAGAAGACUUCCUCAAGCUACGACACAGGCGGUACAUUCAAAGUUGGAUACGGCGAUGAGAAAAAUCCGAAAUACGCUUCUGGGAAGGAAUACCUAGACUACGUAACGCUCAACUCUGAUCUGAUCAUCUACAACCAGUCUAUUGGCGUCGCAUCUAGUGACCCAGGCCUAGGUGAUGUGGAUGGACUCCUUGGCCUUGGACCAGUUGAUUUAACACAGGGCACCGUCAGUAAUGCAAAUAAAGUUCCAACUGUGAUGGACAACCUCUAUGCGCAGGGGUACAUUGAUUCGGAAGUACUCGGAGUGUUCUUUGCACCUGCUUCCUCUGACGAUAGCACCGGCGAGCUCACAUUCGGCGGUUAUGACGCCUCCAAAAUUACUGGAGACAUCAAUUAUGUGUCGAUCACAUCAACAUCUCCAGCGAAUACAUAUUGGGGCAUUGAUCAAUCCAUCAGUUAUGGGUCUACGUCCAUUUUGAACCAGACAGCUGGUAUCGUCGAUACCGGGUCCACCCUCAUUCUCAUUGCCUCUGAUGCCUUUAGCACAUAUCAGUCUGCUACGGGGGGAACCCCUGAUGAGAGCACUGGCUUGUUAAAGAUCUCAUCUGAUCAGUACGACAAGCUCUCAUCCCUGUAUUUCACUACUGGUGGGGUUACUUAUGAGCUUACUCCAAACGCACAAAUCUGGCCUCGAUCGCUGAACACUGCCAUUAACGGUACCACCGACGGCAUAUACCUGAUCGUUGCUGACAACGGGAGUCCCUCUGGUUCUGGCUUGGAUUUUAUAAAUGGCUACUGUUUCCUCGAGCGGUUUUACUCAGUGUAUGACACGACGAACUCCCGAGUUGGGCUCGCCACCACUGAUUACACUUUUGCCACGACAAAUUAA